AUGACGUAUAUUGGCGCCUCUGAAUGGGGUCGCCAGCCACUAUUACCUCUGCCGCCGGCUGUAAAAGUGCCCCAACGCAGACGGCUUUUCUGGUGGGCGUUACGCUACGCUAUAGUGUUCAUAAUAAUCUUCAUUGCGUUGCUCAUACCCAUCAUUGUAUUCUCUAAAGAUGCCGAUGUUGAUGAUGACACAACAAUUGAUGAUGUCUAUGCAAACCAAUAUCGUAACCUCGUCUUCUACAUAUGCUUGUGGCUGGAGAUCACCUGGAUUUUUGCCGUAUUCUUCGAUAUUAUCGGUUUAACUCUGCCUUAUCUCUUCCGCUUUAUCGCUAGAUAUGUCAAUUCUGCCCAUCAGCGGUACUGGCGCGUCUUCAAGUUCAUGCGUCGCCCUAUCUGCUUCCUUGGCACAACAAUUAUUGCCUAUGUCUUCUUUGAGGCGGCUAUUGUUGGCAAUCCGUUGCUGUUUGUUAAUGUGGAUAAGGAUCCAAAUUCUGAUGUCAUGGCUUGGGAUGAUAUCAUCGACGAUAUUCUCGCCCAGGUCACACUUUGGAUGGCCUUCUACUUCAUUGAAAAACUUGCUAUUACUUAUAUUGCCGUUCACUACCAUUAUCGACGUACCAGCACAACCCUGGACCGCACAAAAGAGGUACAAAGGGCGCUCAUAAGUCUUUACGAGGCUUCCAUCUAUCUUCAUCCGGUCAAUGGCGGCACCUUUGCGGAAGAAGAUGUCAUCAUACGUAACGCCAAAGGUGAUAUGAACGCUUCAACCCGUGUGCGUGUCUCAAGCUAUCUCUCUCGUCUCGGUCUAGAUGGUUACAAAUUUGUAUCACUUUUUGGGAACUUCAUCUCAGAUGACCCAAAAGCUCACUGGUUGCGGCCGGGGUCAUCUUACGCGACCAUAGAACGGGCUUUAGCGAACCCCACGUCUGCUGCGGCGCUGGCGCGGCGCAUUUGGCUGUCGCUCGUAUCCAGAGGGAAGUACGGACUGACGGCAAACGAUAUCGUUGAGGUCUUGGGGCCAGACCGCGCGGCAGAGGCAAAGGCCAUAUUCAAGACACUAGAUGUGGAAGAUAGUGGUGAAAUUUCGCUAGAAAACCUGGUGGGAAUGGUGACAGAGGCCGGUCAAAAGAAGCACAACGUCUUCAGAACUAUUGCCGAUAUGGAUCACUGUAUCAACACUUUGGACUGGCUCAUGUUACUUCUCAUUGCGGCUGUCAUGAUCUUUUUCAUUAUGCUGCUCUACGUCCCUACUAUCAAGGAAAUCCAAACUACGCUCUCCUCUCUCGCUAUUGGCCUCUCGUUUGCCAUCGGCCGCACCUUGAAUCACCUGCUGACGGGUAUCAUAUUUGUCUUUUUCGAUCAUCCUUUCGACUCUGGCGAUGUUGUCAGAAUCUGCGACCCCAAAAUGACUGCUGGCAUAGUAUGCACGGUUAAGCGACAGUCCCUGCUCUACACAGUUUUCCGACGAUUAGACAACAACUCGGACCUUCAAGUCCCUAAUGACGAGCUUUUUCGAAAAUCGAUCGAGAACUACACGAGAUCGGAAAUUAAUAAACAACGCAUCACCCUAUUUAUUGACUUCCGCACUACCUUUAAAGACAUUGAUAAGUUGCAAUCGAUGCUUAACGCUUUUGUUAUCAACAACUCCGGCGACUAUGUCCCUGGCACCCUGGGUAUCAGCGUCGCGUCGCUACACGAGUUGAACAAGAUGGAAUUGCGAAUAGUAUUUACGCAUCGCAAUAAUUGGUCAGACGAAAAGCUGCGAGCGAUGCGCAGCAAUAAGUUCUACUGCAAUCUAGUAUCAACAUGUCGACAGAUCCCGCUUUUCAAGCCUGGAGGAAUGCUGCCUGCGGCAGGUGAAAACGGAAAUCCCUUGUAUACAACCCAGCUCAACACUUCUGAGGUAAAUGAAAAUAUCCAGAAGGAAAAGCUUAGGCGGCAGGGACUACGAUGGGACAAUGAAAAGAAGGAGGAGAUUGGAGCACAGAGUGAAAAUGCGAGUGAAGACGAGGCCGCCAAGAAAGAAGCGGCGGCAAAGAAAGCAGAACAAGAGGCAUUUCAAAAGGUCUCCAAGUCUGCACCCAAGAAAGAAGUUGCCGUUAGCACAGGAGUUGAUGUGGCGAGAGGCAUAACUGGACUUCGAUUGGCUGCGACGCAGUUUGAAGAGGUUUGA